GUCUGAUCCACUUGCAUAAGGCACCAGGGUGUUUCCCCACUUGCCGAAUGCCUCUUGGGGAUUGCCUGACGCAUCGCCCCACGUAGAGAAGCGGUCCCCGCCGAUGUCAUGCUUUCUUCUCCUUUGGGAGCCAAGGAUAUUCUUAUGACCUGCGAGAGGGACAUCCAAAGCUGGUUUGGCAAGGCCAACGAGGUGCGGAAGCAGGUAGAGGAACGCAAUGACAAGGUUAUUGGUCAGGAAUCACGUCAGGCGGAGAUCCUGGAGGCCGGCGGCGUUCCUGCUGGUGAGAAAAAGGCGAGGCGGCGGCUGAAGUCCAGGAACCAGAGGCAGCUCGGAAGGCAGCGGUGCAGGCCGAGGCGGACACGCUAUCCCAGGCCAGGCUCGUCGCAGCCGCAGCGGUGCGCAUGCAGAACGGCAGGCGUUCGUUGA